CCACAGAUUAUGUCAAGGACUUUGGUGGCCAAUAUGGAAUCCAGAAAGACAGAGUGGAUAAGCUUCCAGUGGUGCACGUGGGCUGAAGGCAAAAUUCAAGUCCAUGGCUGAGGAGAAGAGGAAGCGAGAGGAAGAAGAGAAGGCACAGCAGAUGGCCAGGCAGCAGCAGGAGGGAAAGCCUGUGGUAAAGAUGAGAUGCAAGGCUCAGCAGUCGCCUGUACCUGUGGAAGCGCCAGCGGCGCAAGCCUAGUUGCCCAAGAUGAUCUUCACAGAGGACAAUGAGGAGCCCCCAGCUCUGCCCCCAAGGACCCCAGAAGGCCUCCAGGUAGUGGAAGAGCCAGUGUAUGAAGCAGCACCUGAGACUGAGCUGGAGCCAGAGCCUGAGCCUGAGCCUGACUAUGAGGAUGUUGGGGAGUUUGAUCGGCAGGAUGGGGAAGCAGAGGGAGACUAUGAGGAUGUGCUGGAGCCUGAGGUCACCUCUUCUCUGUCCUACCAGGCUGGUGAGUGGAGUGAAUGGAAGGUGUAUGGUUAUGGGUCCUGUGGACCCUGGGGAUUCAGGAGUCAGGUAGUCAAUUGAGCAUAUCCCCACACUGUCUCAGGGAGGUUAUCAGGCAGUAGGGAAGCCCAGGACACUGUUCUAGGGGUGGGGACAGUUGCAGAUGGCUUGGGGGUUCUCAGACCUACAAGUAGGAUGGGGCUGUCUGGUUCUCAGGCUCUUGAACACCCAGGUGCCAUUGGGAGCCUCGGAAGAGCUGAGAACAGAGUAGAGUCCCAUAGGCUGGAUCUAGACCAGGGAAUAAGGGGGAAAAGGGGGCUCUCUGGCUGGAUCCCUUGGGGAGAGUUCUUGGCUAGAUGAUGGCAGGGGCUUGAGCCUGAUCCCUCUUCCAGCUGCACCCAGAAAACUCCCUCGAGUCUUAUUACUGCCCAAACCAUGUGCCAUGUAGGUCAGGUGCUAGGCCUUUUUAUUUGGCUCUACCUUAGCCUCAGUCCUAAACAGAUAAGCCCAUUGCCUUAGUUAAGGUUUCUAGUGCUAUAAUAAAGUACAUGACCAUCUCCCCUUUCCUUGGGGAGGAAAGGGUUUAUUUCAGCCUACAACUGUUCGGUCACACUCCAUCACUUAAAGGCACACACCAUCACUGAGGGAAGCCAGGGCAGGGAUUCAGAGCAAGAACCUAGAGGCAGAAAUGGAAGCAGAAGCCAGGGGAGAGUGCUGCAGUGGCUCCAGUAGAUUCUGUGAGACAAAGUUUUACAGACUGAGGCAAGAAAUCUCUCCUGGAGCCCUUCAGAACACCUCUAUUCAGAAGUCAAAAAUCUCACUUGGCAAUUUGUUUUGCUCCUAAACUCUCCCCCUUCUUAGUAGCUGGGACUAAGAAAAACCAAGUAAAUUAAGAUAUAAAAGAAACCAUCUUAAAGUAAGUCACUAUCCAGAAAAUUCUGCAACAGAAUUUGACUUUGCUCCAGUCGUUUACAUAAUUACAUUUACCUCCCAACAGUAUAUAAAUGAAGUAUGGCUCUGACACUAUGGUAUGAAAAGCAUUAAUUAGUACACUGGUAUAAAUAUAUUUUAUGUGUCUUGACUAUAUAUUGGCUUAUAAGUCAUUGGACAUAAUUUAAAAGAUAUAAUGUUAUUAAGGUUGGUUUAACCAGUGACACAUGAAAAGUACAAGUUUUUUGACCCUCAUAGUCACCCUUGCAGGAUAGGUGGAUUUGAAACAAUAGG